AUGGAAGGCAAAGGAUCACUGAAAUCUCUUCAGAAACUAUAUCCUCUUGAAAUAAGAGACUUAGACGGUUCCAUUACUAAGGAUGAUCUUAUCGAGGCGGUGAAAAGCACUACGGGUAAUAGCUCUCUAAAUGUUAGAAUUUACAGUCUUAGAGAGGGAAUAAGAGGGAUGCAAAUUGCUGUAAUAGGUGUUCCAGCAAAUGCUACGGAUCAACUUUUGAAAAAGGGAAAAAUAGAAGUAGGAUGGGUUAAAUGCUGUAUUAGAGAGAAAACAACAGUACAACAAUGCUAUAAAUGCCUCGGCUAUGGUCAUGAAGCCGUAAACUGUAAAGGUAUCAGUAGAGAAGGACACAUGAGCAGAAACUGUCAAAAUGAAUCUUUUUGCAUAAUCUGUCAUGAAGCUAAGGAGAAGGACACCGGACAUAAAUUAGGAAGCUUAAAAUGCCCUGCUUAUAUAGAGGAGCUGAAAAAAAGAAAGGAAGAUGAUAAAAUUUUUGCAAAUUAA